GAUGAAACUGGAGAGACAGGGUUUUAACAAGAUGCAAGAACAAUCCGAGGACUGAGAGCCAUUUCAACGUGAGCCCCCAGUCUGAGAACAAGAAAGAAGAACUUCUGUCUUGAGGAGAGUGAAGCCAAGGAUACCAGCAGAGCCAACAUUUGCUUCAAGUUCCUGGGCCUGCUGACAGCGUGCAGGAUGCCGUUGGAACCCGGCAGAGGCUGCUGUGCCCUGGCCAUCCUGCUGGCCAUUGUGGACAUCCAGUCUGGUGGAUGCAUUAACAUCACCAGCUCAGCUUCCCAAGAAGGAACGCGACUAAACUUAAUCUGUACUGUGUGGCAUAAGAAAGAAGAGGCUGAGGGGUUUGUAGUGUUUUUGUGCAAGGACAGGUCUGGAGACUGUUCUCCUGAGACCAGUUUAAAACAGCUGAGACUUAAAAGGGAUCCUGGGAUAGAUGGUGUUGGUGAAGUAUCAUCUCAGUUGAUGUUCACCAUAAGCCAAGUCACACCAUCACACAGUGGGACCUACCAGUGUUGUGCCAGAAGCCAGAAGUCAGGUAUCCGCCUUCAGGGCCAUUUUUUCUCCAUUCUAUUCACAGAGACAGGGAACUACACAGUGACGGGAUUGAAACAAAGACAACAUCUUGAGUUCAGCCAUAAUGAAGGCACUCUCAGUUCAGGCUUCCUACAAGAAAAGGUCUGGGUAAUGCUGGUCACCAGCCUUGUGGCCCUUCAAGCUUUGUAAGCCUUGUGCCAAAAGAAACUUUUUAAAACAGCUACAGCAAGAUGAGUCUGACUCUGGCUUAGUAUCUUUCUCAUUACAAUAGGCACAGAGAAGAAUGCAACAGGGCACAGGGGAAGAGAUGCUAAAUAUACCAAGAAUCUGUGGAAAUAUAAGAUGGGGCAAAUCAGUGUAAUCCCUGACUUUGCUCCUCACCAUCAGGGCAAACUUGCCUUCUUCCCUCCUAAGCUCCAGUAAAUAGACAGAACAGCUUUCACCAAAGUGGCUAGAAUAGUCCUCAAAUAUCGGAUAAAUAUGUGCAUUUUUGUACCCCAGAACAAUUUUUCCUCCCUCUUCAUCAAUAUAGUAAAAUAAUCAAGUCAAACAAAAUGAAAACACCAAAUUUUGGGGGAAUAAAUUUUUAUUUAACACUAUAAAGGAAAGAGAGACAAAACAAGCAAAGAUAGGUAGGACAGAAAGGAAGACAGCCAGACUCAGUGACUGACUUGGCAUGAAAAUGAGGAAAUGCAGACAGACCUCAACAUUCAACAACAUCCACACAGCACUGCUGAAGAAGAUUUGUGCAGACCAGGAGCACCACAGACUACCACUGCCCAGCUUCAACUAAAUACUUGUUAAUCUCUUUGGUCAUUUCUCUUUUUAAAUAAAUGCCCAUAGCAGUA